CGCGCGCCGACGUCAGCGGAGCUCUGCAACCGCCGGGGCGGCGCGCGCCGCUGCUGCAUUUGCUGCAGGAGGCGCGGCGCGAGCGCGAGCUGGAGAUGGCGUCCGCUACCGACUCCCGCUACGGGCAGAAGGAGUCCUCGGACCAGAACUUCGACUACAUGUUCAAGAUCCUGAUCAUCGGGAACAGCAGCGUGGGCAAAACCUCCUUCCUCUUCCGGUACGCCGACGACUCCUUCACGCCCGCCUUCGUCAGCACCGUCGGCAUCGACUUCAAGGUCAAAACCAUCUACCGCAACGACAAGCGCAUCAAGCUGCAGAUCUGGGACACCGCCGGCCAGGAGCGGUACCGGACCAUCACCACCGCCUACUACCGCGGCGCCAUGGGCUUCAUCCUCAUGUACGACAUCACCAACGAGGAGUCCUUCAACGCCGUGCAGGACUGGUCGACCCAGAUCAAGACCUACUCCUGGGACAACGCGCAGGUCCUGCUGGUGGGCAACAAGUGCGACAUGGAGGACGAGCGCGUGGUGUCGUCGGAGAAGGGCCGCCAGCUCGCCGAGCACCUGGGCUUCGAGUUCUUCGAGGCCAGCGCCAAGGACAACAUCAACGUCAAGCAGACCUUCGAGCGGCUGGUGGACAUCAUCUGCGAGAAGAUGUCGGAGUCGCUGGACGCGGCCGACCCGGCGGUCACCGGCGCCAAGCAGGGCCCCCAGCUCACGGACCAGCAGGCGCCCCCGCACCAGGACUGUGCCUGCUAGGGCCCGGCGCCCCGGCCCCCUCCGGUACCGCCGGCUCUCGGUCCGUGCGUCCCGCCCCCUCCCCGUGUCCGUAGUUCCUCCCCACCCUGGGGUUUUUUUUUUGGGGGGGGGGGGGGGAGCGGCAUGGCUUUUGCUGCUGAUACCUCGCAGGCUUUGCCCUCGGAGCCUGCCCUGUCCCCUGCCCCGAGUUAAGCUGUGCCCCCCACCCCUCCUUAUUUAUUUUUAAGCCCGGGAUGGUAGGAGAAGAGCUCAUCCGAGUCUGCUUUCAACUGUUCUACAAGCCUGACUCCGAUAUAUACAUAUAUAUAUAUAAAAAAAAUUGAUUUCCGUUGUUUGCCCGUCUCCGGCUCACAGGAAGGGUGGCUGGGAGCGGUGGCGGCCGAGCUGGUGCCGCGGUGCUUCCCGCUCGCCGCCGUGUCCCGAGCGGAGCCGGGCGCCCGCGCCGAAGCCCUGCCGUGGCCUGGGAAGGGGCGGCUGCGCCGGGAACGCCGCGUCCCGGCCGGCGGCCCCCCUCUCCCGCUCGCCGGCCCAGCCGCCCUCGCUCCCCGCCUGCCCGAAGAGCCGCUCGGUUCUCCUUGCUCUGUGGCUGUCCCCUUGCCCCAGAUGGAUAUAUUAUUUCAUAACUCUUGUUUAUUUGUAUAAAUAGAUGCUAAUUUAUGCUCCUGCUGUCUUCCUCCUUGUACAUAUAAAGAACAACAACAAAAAAACCCUCCUUGUAAAUAGAAGUAGGAAGUGACACUGUGUGUGUGUGACCUGCCGUGCUGUGGCUGUGUUGGUGCAUUUAUUUUAAUCAGUGUGGUAACCUGCUUGUGAAUAUCCCUUUUAAAUCUAUUAUUUAAAGGUUAAAAAAAAAGGAAAAAACAAAAAAACAAAAAAACAAAACCCCAAGGCCAGCAAAGCAAGCUGUAGCAAACUAGUCCCAGCUCAGCGGCCGUGACCAACGCGCAGCUCCUGGGAGCGCAUGGCCAGGAGGAAACCGCUGCCGCUUCCCGAGCGAGCCGGGCUCCGCGGGCUCGGAUGAGCAUUGCUGAUUUGCUACAGAGCGUUUGGCUCCUUGUCUGUUAAUAGAGUAAUGUGCUUUUGUGGAGACUGUGAAUAAGUGGAUAUUACUAUAGCAAUGACUGACCCGGAGGUCUUGCUUCCCUCUAUUUAUUUUUCUUGGAGCGCCGUGUCUUUAUUUUACAGGUCCCCUGACCACAGUAUCCUGUUCCCCCCUUCCACCUUCCUAUUUUUGUGAAGUUUACUUAUGGAAGAGUUACACUGUACUGUACAAAUGUCAAAAGUGUCAAAAGAGUACAAUUUCCUAAAAAUCACUGUAUUAAAGAAAUGUUGUGAAGAAAUAAAUCAAUGCUGAUCACCA